AUGUCCGCCCACCCGGAAAGCAUUGAGGAGUGGUGCCACUUGGUCCCACACCUGCUCCUCAGUGAAGGCUGGCAACACAUUGCGGAGGAACCUUCUUCUUUCCUCUCGCACUGCAGUUGCCCUUGGGGCGGAAGCUUGGUGAAGACGACCUUUCUGUACGUUACCGUCGCAGAUCCUCCGGAGGAUCCUGCACGGAUUCUCGUCCGGCCAGAGUCGCGUGCAUGGGGGGCGAGCAAGUUUGUCGCAUGCAGUCCUGAGUACUUUGCACUGCAAGAGCAGCUUGCGCCAGGAGACGCUAUCGUGCAUAGGUGGGCGUCCUGGAAAGUGUUGCGGCUUUUUGCCGUGCUGUUUGGUGAGAUCGGUGCGCAGCUUGCGCAGACCCACUUCUACCACCCAGAAAUGGCUGUGCAACUUCGCAUGCGAUCGCGGCGCAACUACCCGCAGAAGGGUGACAGCUCCCAGACCGUCACAAGUCUGUCCGAGCCCUUCGAGGCCAUUAACUUCUGCCGCCCGACAGAUGUGAAAGGUUGCGUUGAUAUCUACCACAUCUUCCGGGUGCCCACAGACCUCAACCUUUCCCAGUGGGCUGCUGCGCAAUUCCAUGGAGCCUUGGAAUCAGGUAGGAGGGUGACACAUCACUAUCUCAAUCGGCCUGGCAUCCCCCAGAUUCGUGCUUUCGACGAACAGUUCUAUGUGGUCCUGACCAUGCAGAGCUUCAAGCGCGGCGUGCCUCUGCUUCCAGCGCAGCCUGAUGAGAGGGAGCCAGUCACAAGGAUUGAUGCAGGACAGGCGAUGGGACUGACCAAGUGGGUCCGCUACGAACCUGCUAUGGCGGGAGGCAGCGCCUUCCACUUGUCUGAGUACCUGCGGCUCUUUGCAGAACGCAUCGGUGAGAGCUGUCGCUUCUACCAGUCCUUGGAUGGGCAGGAGCUCCUAUACUUCCAGUGUGUGGUGGCGCGGGAUGAAUGGGUCCGGGUCCAGGGUCACAUUCGCAGUGCCUACCUGUUACAGAAGACUGCCUAUCGCCGUGCAAACGGCGGCGCACAAGCGCCAGGACUUAGCGAGGGCGUCAAGCCGCGCUUCUGUCAGGAGAUUGAUCUUUCCUCCCUGGCUGAGCGGAUCCAAGCUGAUUAUGCGGCACGGCCCCAGCAAAAGGUCCACGUGCGCAACACCUUUGUCGAGGUUGAUGUGGAUGAGGAGGAGAGCGACGAGGAAGAACUUCCUAUUCGGAGUUGCAGACGUCACAAGACUGCUGCACCCGCUAGCCUGGACAGUUGCAUUGGUGUAGCUUGA